GUUGACUUGAUGAACCACCUCCAGGCCAUGCCUCUGCGUCAUCCGUGGCUACAGCCCUCUAUGAAGCGAAAAUUGGCCGGAAACGACGAUGACCGCCCUGCCAAACGACGAAUGCUCGUGCUUGAACAAAACCUGGCCAACCUCUCACUCGACGCGGUUAUGGUCGAUCUCGAAGCGGAAAUGCCCAUUAUCGAGGAGCCAGUGUCGCCGGAGAUUACAAUGAAGUCCUCCUCGUGGUAUGAGCCAGAAGCAGACCGAAUAGUCAUUACAGAUUUGGCUGCUUAUGCCGAAGAGGAGCUCCAACCUGAGGAGCCUCCAGUGGUGAAUACCGCGCUAAUCGAGCGCUUAAAAUCGCGACCGCUUGACCCACCGAUCCUAUCUCAAUCGCAGUCUCAGGCCUUGGUUCUCUUCCGGCCGCUACAACUCCCUCCGAAAACUGAUUCCCCACGAGCCGACAACGAGGACGCAAUGGACGUAGAACCGUGA